AUGGAUAAUAAUAAUAUCCAAUCGAUCGAAAGCGAGGCAUUCUGUUCAAUGCCGAAUUUGUUGUUCAUGUCUAUAAGUGGCAAUAAACUAUUUAAAGUUUCUAAUGGAAGCCUUACAUGCCUUUCUCAUCUAAUUGGAAUACAGCUUGCUGGAAAUGCAAUCAGGACUAUUGAAAGUGGUUCAUUUUGUAAAUUAAAGAAUCUUAAAGUAUUGUCCGUCACAGGUAAUAAUUUGGAGAGCUUAAAACCUGGUCACAUUGAUUGCUUAACAAAUCUGAUGGAAUUAAGUGCUUCUAUAAAUAGGAUAAAAACGAUAGAAAAUAAUACACUUUGCGGCCUUGAUCGAUUGAAGAUACUGCAAAUUAUGCUGCUAUCUGAUUACUUUUAA